GUCAACUCCAUUUUGUGAGAGCAGUCACAGCAGGCCGAGCGUCGUCCCUGUGAAAAGGCGAAACCUAUAAACGACAAAAAAGUCAAAGUUAGCCGACGAACCGCUCGCUAACCAAGUUAUCAUACGAAAGGAAAGCAAAUCUUAUCGUAUGUCCGGUAUCCAGAACCUCCAAACUUUUGACCCCUUUGCUGAUGCAACUAAGGGUGAUGACCGCCUCCCAGCCGGGACUGACGACUACAUCCACAUAAGAAUCCAACAGCGGAACGGCAGGAAGACCCUCACCACUGUCCAGGGCAUUGCUGCCGACUAUGACAAGAAGAAGCUAGUCAAGGCCUUCAAGAAGAAAUUUGCUUGCAAUGGGACAGUGAUUGAGCACCCAGAGUAUGGUGAAGUGAUCCAGCUUCAGGGAGACCAGCGUAAGAAUAUCUGCCACUUCAUCAUGGAGGUUGACCUGGCCAAGGAGGAGCAGCUCAAAGUCCACGGCUUCUAGAAGCUGCUAGCAACCCUCUCCCCCAUCUUUCCUUGAAGACCAUUAAACACACCCCAACCCCCCUCCUCCCCUCCCCUCCCAUGUGCUGCUGUUGCUCUUCCUGUCCCCCCUUGCAGCCCCACCAGCUCCUAUUAGCUAACACGUGAAUUACCUCUGACAAACAUGGGACUUUGUAACACCAUCGCCUCCCUACAACACCAGGGGGCAGGCUCGCUCUCUCAAAGACGCACCACUGCAGCUCCACACGACAUCAGGGAUGAGUGGUGAUGACCCUCCCACACACACUUCCUCCUUCCUUUCCCCCUCGUUUAUUUCCUUUUUAAUUUUUUUCUUUUUAGGUUCUUGUGCCACAGUAAGAAGGCACCCAAAGGCACGUUUCGUGUAACUUUUGUUUUGUACUUGAAGGUGUUUAAAUAAAACGAUGAGUGUCCAUA